AUGCAGCAGAGUGAUCAGACGGUGUUGAGCUUGAGGCCCGGUGGUGGAAAAGGCAGCAGGCUCCUCGGUCCUCGAUUUGACUCCUCCUCGUCUUCUGCUUCCCCUGCUUUUGGCUCCUUUUCCGCCGAUCUUCCUCUUUUGCGGCCCCAUGGCGCCGCUCCCUCUCCCUUCUCUAUCAAGGCUGGUGAUUCACGGUUUGAGGGUCGUGAGCGUGUGCGAUAUACCAGGGAGCAGCUUUUACAGCUCAGUGAGGGUGUUGAGAUCCUUGAUGAUGUUUUGAAGAUCAAACAAGACAUUGAAGCUGAACUUUUUGGUGAAGAUCAAAGUUGGGCCCGCCCAGAAAACAAUCCCUCACAUCAAUUUCAAAAUCGAUAUUCUGAGCCAGAUAAUCGGGACUGGCGUGGACGAUCUGGCCAACUUUCUGGUAAUGCGGAUGAGAGGUCUUGGGAUAAUCUCAAGGAGAGUAGGGAGUUUGGAAAUAAUCGUCCAGAGCAACUGAAUUCUCAGUUUUCAAAGGCACAAAUAUCUUCUAACCAAGGGGGGGGACCUACUCCUACACUAGUCAAGGCUGAGGUGCCAUGGUCAGCUAGAAGGGGAACUCUCUCUGAUAAGGAUCGUGUCUUAAAGACAGUUAAAGGAAUACUAAAUAAGUUGACUCCUGAGAAAUUUGAUCUCUUGAAGGGUCAGUUGAUCGAUUCUGGCAUUACAUCUGCCGACAUAUUGAAGGGGGUUAUUUCACUGAUAUUUGAUAAGGCAGUGCUAGAACCAACAUUUUGCCCAAUGUAUGCCCAGCUGUGUUCUGAUCUUAAUGAAAAACUGCCUCCAUUCCCAUCUGAUGAGCCGGGAGGGAAAGAAAUCACUUUUAAGAGAGUACUCUUGAAUAUAUGCCAGGAGGCUUUUGAAGGUGCAGAUAAACUGAGAGAAGAAGUGAGACAGAUGAUUGCUCCCGACCAGGAGAUGGAGAGACGGGACAAGGAUAGACUUGUCAAGAUUCGAACCCUUGGAAACAUUCGAUUAAUUGGUGAGCUGUUGAAGCAAAAAAUGGUUCCUGAAAAGAUUGUUCAUCACAUUGUUCAGGAACUUUUAGGACCUCCUGACAGCAAGAUCUGUCCAGCUGAGGAAAAUGUGGAAGCCAUAUGCCAAUUUUUCAACACUAUUGGUAAGCAGCUUGAUGAAAGCCCAAAAUCACGGCGUAUUAAUGAUAUAUACUUUAGUCGGUUGAAAGAAUUGAGCACCAAUCCCCAACUUGCUCCGCGACUGCGAUUUAUGGUUCGCGAUGUUCUAGAGUUGCGUUCUAAUAACUGGAUUCCAAGGCGUGAAGAGGUGAAAGCUAAAACCAUCACUGAAAUUCACUCAGAGGCAGAAAAAAAUCUUGGAUUACGUCCAGGUGCCACUGCAAGUAUGAGAAGUAGCCGCGUAGUUUCUGUAUCUCCUGGAAAUGCAAGUCCGGGAGGAUUCCCAAUUGCCCGUCCUGGUACAGGUGGAAUGAUGCCUGGGAUGCCAGGGGCGAGGAGGGUGCCAGUGAUGCCUGGAAUUGAUAAUGACAACUGGGAGGUGCCUAGGACAAGAUCAAUGCCGAGAGGAGACAUGUCAGGCAUACAAACUGGAGGACGUGGUCAGUCUCCUUUCAUUUCUAAGCCAUCAACUGUCAACUCAAAGUUAUUACCUCAAGGUAGUGGUGGUACCAUAAGUGGGAGAAGCAGUGCCCUGGUUCAUGGAGGUGGUGGUGCUCCUUCUGCUCGUCCCCAAAACAUUAGUGUUGAACCCCCAACUCAAAUCCCUUCACAUGUUAAAGCUGUUUCUGCCGCACCCUCUGAGAAGCCCCAAGCUCCAGCUUCAACAUUGAAUGUUGAAGAACUUCAGCAGAAAACUGUUUCUCUUCUUGAAGAAUAUUUUGGUGUUCGGCUUUUGGAUGAGGCACUGCAGUGUGUGGAGGAACUAAAAGCUCCAUUUUAUUACCCUGAGGUUGUGAAGGAAGCCAUUUCCCUUGCACUAGAUAAAAGUCCGCCAUGUGUUGAACCUGUAGGCAAACUUCUUGAGUAUCUGUUUGCUAAAAAGAUUCUUUCAGCCACAGACAUAGGGACUGGGUGCAUGUUAUUUGCUUCUUUGCUGGAUGAUAUCGGCAUAGAUUUACCUAAAGCACCUAAUAAUUUUGGUGAGAUAAUAGGGAAACUAGUUUUGGUUCAGGCUUUGGAUUUUAAGGUGGUGAAAGAAAUCCUUAAGAAGGUGGAGGAUGACCGGUUUCAGAAAACAAUAUUUUCCUCUGCGUUGCAGGUAAUUAGCUCUGCAUCCGGCCAAGCCCUGUUGGAUUCACAAGCAUCUGAUAUUGAGGCCUGUCAGAGCCUGUUCAACUGA